GAAGUGGAAACCUUCUGUUCAUCUCGGGACAAAUCCCAAAGCAGCCGGACAAUUCGCUCCUCAAAGGCACGUUGGGAGCCACAUUGGGCAUUGACGAGGGAAAGGCCGCGGCCCGCUUGUGUGGACUACAUCUUGUAGGUCAGAUGAAGGCUGCAUGUGCCGGAGACUUGGACAAGGUCAAGCGCGUGGUGAAGGUGGAGGGCUUCGUCAGUUCCACCGCGGAGUUCACAGACCAUCCGCAGGUCGUCAACGGUUGCUCGGAUUUGCUGGUGGAGAUCUUUGGGCCCGAG